CUUUCUAGUUUUAACAUGAACUCUAAUUCAAGGGGAGGGUCCUCUCAUUAUCCAACUACAAAAAAAUAAAAAAAUCUCAAUUAAUAUAAAUGCACCUUCAAUUAUAUAUCCUUGGCACCAUACCUCCCCCUUCUCCUACAAACAAACUUAUAAAUCAUAAAUGAUACACAAAUCUUAAACUUCAUUAUAAUUAACAAUUAGAUAAAUUCCCAAUAUUUAUAUACUUAUUAUUGCUAUUGUUCCUUCCUCCAUCAUCAAAAAAUCCAAAAAAAAAAUGCCAUCCAUUUAUUCAAUUCCAUUCAAAAAACUCCAAAAUCCAUCUUCCUUAAUUUCACUUCUACGUAACACAAACCCUAAUUAUGAAACUUCUUCCAAAAAAUCAACCUCCAAACCCUCCUCCUCUAAAGGCGGUCUUUUAAAGAUGUUCAAGUUGUUCCCACUCCUUACAUCCGGGUGUAAGGUGGUGGCACUACUCGCGAAGUCCCACCACCUUCGCCGUCCCAUGAUAACCGAUCAUGCAACCAUCAUCACCCUCUUUGGCACGAGGCGAGGUCGUAUAACCCUAGCCAUCCAAGAAAACCCUCAUAGCAUACCUUUCUUUAUGAUUGAGCUACCUAUCCUUAGUUCAACUUUUUACAAAGAAAUGUCAUGUGACAUUUUAAGGGUUGCCCUAGAAAGUGAGACUAAAACACACAAAAAAAAAGUUAUGGAAGAAUUUGUAUGGGCUAUUUAUUGUAAUGGUAGGAAAGUAGGGUACUCCAUUAGAAGGACUCAAAUGUCCGACGAUGAAGUCCAUGUUAUGCAAAUGCUUCACGGUGUGUCAAUGGGUGCCGGAGUUUUACCUCCUUCACCUAGUGACCAUCAUUAUCAUCAACAAAGUCGUCGUGAUCAUCGCAACGAUGGUGGUGGUGAUGAGAAGGUUGAGAAAGAUGAUGGUGAUCAAUUUACUUAUUUGAGAGCAAGAUUUGAAAGAGUUGUAGGGUCUAAGGAUUCUGAGGCAUUGUAUAUGAUUAAUCCUGAUUAUUCUGAAGGGCCAGAGUUGAGUAUUUUUUUUGUAAGAGGUUCAUUUAAGUAGAUUUUUUGUUUUAAUGUUUGUGUAUUUAAUUAUUUCAAAUCAUAUAAAUGUGAUAUUUUUAAUUAUUUGGUCAAGAUAAGUUCGUUGAUAGAGAGAAAAGGUGCAAAUCUACACGAAUAUGUUAGAGAUAUGAGAUAUCGGAAAUAUAACACAUAUAUUUUCCGAUAUUUUCCGAUAUCUCAUAUCUCUAACAGAAUAUUACAAUAUUGCUAUUGAAAAAAUGCAAGGAUUUUAUUGUUAUUUUUUUCAUUUAUUUUUUUGUAUUAUGUCCACUAAAAACACAUUAUUGUAAAUUAUUAGGAAGUAAAUUAAACAUGUGAAAUUGGAUGAAGAUCUAAUUGCUUAUUUUAAGUCCCUAACGAACUUAGUAAACAAUUUGUCCUAACUUAGGAUGCAGUAGGCAAAACCUUUAGUUCCCAGCCAUGUUUUGUUUAUUGUACUUGUCAUAAUUAUUGAAUACAUACCA